AUACUAUCAAACAAGUCUUUGGUUCAGUGCCCGGAACUGCGUGCAGACGCGUCGGGGGCGGGUCGGAAUUGAAACUUUUGGCGGGUUUUCAGCGGUCUUUCUUCUUGGACGGAAGGAAAAGCUGCAAUUCAGAAAAUAAGAAUUCUUCUAAGUCUUUCCUGGUCUUUCUGAAAGAAUGGAUGGAGAUGAUGACUUAGACCUGUUAGCGUCUCUCUUAGAGGAGAAUGAAGCCCAAGAAAAUUCUGCAGAGAAGAAAAGAGCAGCUGAGCAUCGAGAUGAGUAUGAUUUACUCUUUGAGGCGGAAGACGAUGAGUCCUACACCUCCUACAACGAGGAGCUGGAAGUAGAAGAGGAGGGGUCCACUGGUAACCAGGAAAACGUGGCUGAGAUCUUUUGGGACGUGACUGACCUGUUGGAGGAAGAGAAGAAAGAGGAAAACAUUCAGAAGAUGUCCCGUCCUGUAGCUCCUGAUCAAGUGAUAGAACCUUCCAAGGAAGAUCUUCAAGAUGAGUUGAGAAAAUUGCAAGAGCAGAUGAAAAAAUUGCAGGAGCAGUUACAAAGCACAGCGAUUGGAAAGCCAGCCGAUUCUAAUCUCUGCAAGAAAACAUCUGGUAAAUCAACCGCUGCUGUCAUUAAGGAAAGGACUCCUUCAAAGGUUCAAAAAUGCCCAUCUUUUUCAGCUAAGGGGAACAGUCCACCUUUACCGCUGCCAAAAAGCGAGUCCCAGAAAGCCAAAUCUAUGAUUGCAGUGAAUAAGAACCACACUUCAAAAGCUACGUCUAGUCUGUUCUCUCAACCACUUAAAUCAAUGGUUGGAAACAGACCCUCUAUGGAUUCCAAUAAGAAAAUUCCAGUAACAAAAAAUUCUGAGGGCAAAACUCAAGAUGUUUCCCUGGAAAUCUACUCUGGGCUGAAAUUAAGAAAACCCCGCGUCUCUUCGGCUGAGAUGGAAAGAAAAAUGAGAGGGCGGCAGCUGAUUAGACUCUCUCUGCUGCAAGACAAACUCCGCUCGGCCAAUCUUGAAGAAAUGGACUGGGUGACCUUUGGCAUCAUAAUAAAGAAAAAGAUUCCUCAGAGUUCCAGCAACGGUAAAACAUUCAGCAUCUGGCACCUGAAUGACCUGCGGGACUUCAGCAGGUCUGUCUCUCUCUUCCUGUUUGGGGACGUUCACAAAGAACACUGGAAGACGGAUAAAGGCAUGGCUGUAGGCCUCCUCAACGCUAAUCAGAUGAAACCCAAGGAAGGAUCAGAAGAGGUGUGUCUGUCUGUCGAUCACCCACAAAAGAUCCUGAUUUUAGGGGAAGCCAUGGACUUGGGAACUUGUAAAGUGAAGAAAAAAAACGGAGAGCCUUGUACUCAGAUGGUUAAUCAGAGCGAGUGCGAGUAUUGUCAGUAUCAUAUACAAACCGAGUAUCGGAAACUGAGCUCUAAGCGAGCAGACCUGCAGUCCACUUUCUCCACCACCCGGGCACCGAAGAAGACAGCAAAGAGGAACCUCAGCUUGAAAGGGAGGCUUUGUCAAGACGGCUUUUACUACGGCGGCGUUUCCUCCGCAGCUUACGCUGCUUCUGUGGCUGCUGCUGCUGUUCCCAAAAAGAAAAUCCAAACGACUUUGACAAAUUUGGUGGUAAAAGGAGUGGAUGCAAUCCUGCAGGAAACCCAAGGAAAACUGGGUCUGCCAAAGCCACCCUGUUCAGAAGAAUUCAAGGAACUGUUGGCCAUGCCCUCAUCUGGAGCCCGGAACCUCAGUAAACACUUCGACCGAGGAUUUACAGGAAAGCCAGCUGUCCACUCCAUCUCUGCCUCAGCUCUGCUGAAGCAACAGAAACGGCAAAUGUUGGAGGCCCGGAAGCGAAGAUCUAAUGAAAUACAAAGGAGGUUUCUUCAGGACUCUGCUCCUAAAAGGACCCCAGCAUCACCCUCCUCUGUGGGGCAGGCUGUGGUACAGUCCCCAACCCCAGGGGCCGAGUUUCCUAAAGCUGGACAACUAUCCAGCCCCCAGACCCCCAGACUUGGUUCGGGCUUCUCUGAAGGGGGCGACGUUCUCUUUUUUGAUGAUUGCCCCCCUCCGGCCCUCAAACUGAACCACCUGGCGGAAGCCAAAAAGAUUGCAGCGAUAAGGAAACUGCGUGCAAAAGGGCAGAUCCUUUCCAAAGAAGAUCCAAACAGCGUCAAACGGAAACGGUCAGAUCUCGACAUUCCAGGGAUUUCUGAAAGAGUGGAAAAAAAUAUCACCAGUUCAGAAGACGGGGGAGCACCAGAGCCCGUUGAAAAGAAACGGCGCCAGCAACUUGAAUACCUGGAAUCGGCGGAGUUUCAAGAGAUCCUGAGUGCUCGAUCGAAACACACCGGCGUCCUUAAGCAGUUUGAGGCCGAGAUGCAAGAACGGUACUUUGAGCCCUUGGUGAAAAAAGAACAAAUGGAAGAGAAGAUGAGAAACAUCCAAGAAGUAAAAUGUCGUGUGGCAACAUGCAAAACGUGCAACUAUACCUAUUUCAAACUGCUGGAUUCGUGCGUGGCGGAACAUCACGAUUACCACUAUCACAAUGGGGUGAAGAGAUUUUUCAAGUGUCCCUGUGGGAACAGAGCCAUUUCACUUGAUAAGCUGCCCAAAAAACACUGCAGUAAUUGUGGCCUCUUUAAAUGGGAACGUGAUGGAAUGCUCAAGGAGAAGAAAGGUCCCAAAAUCGGGGCAGAAACUCUUUUGCCAAGAGGAGAAGAACACGCCCAGUUUCUCAACAGCAUGAAAUAAUGGCGGAUUCCUGCACUUGGCUAUUGAAUUUCCCAACUAGAAAACGUCAGAGCUGCCUUCUUCCAAAGCAGCCUCACACAGCUAUUUCCCCUCUAAAAACGACAGUCUAAUCCGAGUAACUUUUAUGUUUUAUGUCAAAGCAACCUGGAACGGAUGUGCCUAAUCCUCCGCUGGAUUUGGGAAGGAAUGUGUUCUCGGAGAUCCUACGGUGUAUUUAGGAAGGAACCGUGAAGUCCAUUUCUUUGGAACGUUCUCUAAGAUUUUGGCAGUUCGAGAUGAGGCUGAAAAAUAUUAAAUUCUGUUUUCUGAGAUUGAGUUGUAUCUGUGAGGAUACUUCUCCAGCUUCUCUUUGUCUAAACUGGGUUAGCAAUUUUAAGACUUGUGGACUUCAACGUCCAGAAUUAAAUGGCUGGCUGGGGAAUUCUGGGAGUUGAAGUCCACAGGUCUUAAAGUUAUCAAGGUUGGACAACCCUGAUCUAAAAGUUAAUGCAGGGGUCUUCAAACGUGGCUCUUUUAUGACUUGUGGACUUCAACACCCAGAAUUCCUCAGCCAGCGUGCCUGGCUGAGGAAUUCUGGGCGUUGAAGUCCACAGGUCAUAAAAGGGAUAAGUUUGAAGACCCCUGAGUUAAGGCUUCAUCAUCCCAUCAUGGAAAUGGGAUGUUCUGAAAAAUCCUCCUUGCUUUAAUGCUGGAUUAAAAUCCUCCUUGCUUUAAUGCUGGACUAUUAGAUUUUACCUUAGCAAAAUUAAUAUUUGUGCCCAAGUGGUUGAAAGAAGACCCUUGUGAUUUUAAUAAACCAAGACAGGCUGUGUUUUACAAGCUUCACUUUUUAAAUCUUGUUUUAAUCCAGUAACGUAACAUCUGUUUGCUGAUGAUUUUUCAGAAGCUAACUACAACUCCCAGCCUCCAGCUACUAUCAGCUGUACUAGAUAUUAGAAAGGGCAGCUGAAUGUUGUAUUUUAACAAAAGUUUUAAAAGCUGAAACUUCAAACCCCAAGUGAGUACAUAGAGCAGGGCUCUUCCAUCUUGGCCCUUUUAUGAUUUGUGGA